AUUUCCCAUGAUGAAGUGCGGGAACUUACCGGAAGUAGCUACGUGUGCAUUUUCGCGACGGUCCAGGAAGCGUUCUCCAAACAUCUACAGAGACGAGAGAGAGAGAGUUGGUUGUUUUUGAAAAGGCUUCAACCCAAAGCAGGCACCAUGCUGCCGACCACCUCACCGCACAGCAACGGCGACCCCGGCUCCAGGGACGCCGCGCGUCACACGGCAGGCGCCAAGCGCUACAAAUACCUGCGGCGGCUGCUCCACUUCGGGCAAAUGGACUUUGAGUUCGCCGUGUGGCAGAUGCUCUACCUGUUCACGUCGCCGCAGAGGGUCUACCGCAACUUCCAAUACAGGAAACAGACCAAGGACCAGUGGGCCAGGGAUGACCCUGCGUUUCUGGUCCUCCUCGGCAUCUGGCUGUGUGUGUCGACAAUAGGCUUCGGUCUGGUUCUGGACAUGGGAGUGGUGGAGACUCUGAAACUGCUGCUGUGGGUGGUGCUUGUCGACUGCAUAGGCGUCGGUCUGCUCAUAUCAACCCUUAUGUGGUUCGUCAGCAACAAAUACCUGCUGAAGCACCCGAGCAGGAACUUUGACGUGGAGUGGGGUUACGCGUUCGACGUUCAUCUCAACGCUUUCUACCCGCUUCUCGUCAUCCUGCAUUUCCUGCAGCUCUUCUUCAUCAACCAUGUUGUGAUAAUAAACAGAGACUGGUUCCUGGGUUACUUUGUCGGGAACACCUUGUGGCUCAUUGCCAUCGGUUAUUAUCUCUACAUCACCUUCCUGGGUUACAACGCCCUGCCCUUCCUGACGAACACCGUGGUGCUUCUCUACCCCUUCGCUCUGCUCGGCCUCCUCUACGUCCUCUCCAUAUCUCUGGGCUGGAACUUCACCCGCGGUCUCUGCUUGUUUUACAAGUACAGAGUCCAGUAGGAACACGUUUGAAUCCGAAAGUCGGACGCUGGCUGCUUCCAGGCGGACUCAAACGCGAGACACACUGGGAAAAUGAAAAAACGUUCGACUUUUCGCCUGCGUCACGAUGAAUCUGUUUCUAGCUGAGUGUGGUUGAGAGGGACUUCUGGGUGGAUCGAUGCUGAGUCAGCUUCUCUGUUGAACUCUUGUGAACAGCGGCGUAUUUGGAGCAGCUGCAGGAGGAGAAAAGAAGCGCGACGAACAAGACUUUUAUCGACGUUCUCCUCGGUUCACAGGUUGUAAUAUAAACUGGAAGAAGGAAACGAUGUUGGCUUUUAGUUGUGUUCAAAAACAAAACACUGAUGAUCCUGCUUGAUGGAGUGGAUGGAGACCGGGGGAGGGGAGGGGGAAGCAGAUGUUUUGGUUUCUUUUUCUUCCUUAAAGUGUACAUUCCAAAGCACUUUCAAUAAAUGGUUUUAUUAACUUAAACUACCUCAGUUUGGAUGCUUGGCAGAGAAGCGGACCCACAUUUUCCUGUUGAUGAUUCUGUGAUAUUUAUGCUGCACUGCUGUUCCCAUUAAAGCUCCUGAAUGUCA